AUGGGGAAAACAGGGCGAUGGCUAAGAAACAUCUUAACCGGGAAGAAAGAAAAGGUGAAAGAGAGAGAAAAGGAGCAAAUCGACCACCUCCCACCACCCCAGAGGAGAAGCGCCGCUGGAGCUUCCGCCGCAGCCCCUCCCAAGCCCGUAGAUAUCCACAUCGAAAACGAACCCAAGAAGCACCCAUUGCCCGCCCCGGCCUCCCUUCAUAAGGCCACGGCGGCUACCAAGAUCCAAGCUGCAAGAAAAGCUUUGAAUGCGCUGAAAGGAUUGGUGAAGCUGCAGGCCUUGGAUUUGGGAGCGGAAGAGAAUGUGAAGAUCGUGGAGAUGGAUCUAGGCGAGUACAAGCCGGCAACAAGAGGCCGAAACAGCUACUCGCAACAAGAGACGGAGGAGUACUCGUUGGAGAGCAGUCCGCAGUGCUACUCAGCCGUGGUGUCAAAAGCCGACCGCGCCAGGCUCCCAUUCUCAUACCCGAAAGCAGAGUCCCUCUACAACGACUACCCCAACUACAUGGCCAAUACGCAGUCGUCUAGGGCUAAAGUCCGGUCCAACAGCGCCCCCAAGCAGCGGCCUCCCGAGAUGCUCCUAGACAGGCGCCGCCCCUCCAUAGAAGGCCGGAACGUGCCUAGGGCGGUCAGGAUGCAGAGGUCGUCCUCCCACGUCGUCGCGCACUAUCCUUGGUCUGUUUGUAAGGAUGUUUGGAGAUGGCUACAGUUCAUUACGCCGUUUUUCUUGCAGUUACAAUCGCUCUUCAAUAUUCCAUCGCCGCCGCCAACUUUGCCGUCCCAUUUCUAUCACCAUUUAUCGGAUUACUUGGAAACCACUUUGUAAAGUUGAUGAAAUAAAUGAGAGAAUAAAUACUUUUACGGUGCGACAUUGUGGGUUGUAAAUUCCCUUUAUUUACAAGUGAAUGCUAUUCCUAUAUCAUAGAGUAAG